AUGGGUUCAGACAAGCCAGGUGAUGAGGGCGGAACAGGACUUGCAUGCGUGGGUUUAAAAGAUAGUUUCUGCAUUCAUUCACCCUUAUUGUUGUUGUUUCAACCAUGAAGCUGAAAGCAACAUCUCUCCUGCUUCUCAUGUGUGUCGACAUCAUCAUCCUCACCAGCAAUGAAGCUGGUGCCAUUCCCAGCUGCUGUUUGAAUGUUUCCAAGAAUAUCCCACAGGACAUUCUGCGAGCCGUCACCAAAUACGAGAUGCAGAGCAAGGCUGGACGCUGUGAGAUUGAUGCACUGAUAUUACACGCCAGAAACAAAAAGAAGCUGAUCUGUGCUCAUCCCAGACUGUUGAAAAUCAUGAAGAGGUUAAAGAAGAAUCACAAACCCAAGCUGGCGUAAAUAAACGAGGAAUGAAUCUCUGUAUAAUCCAGGAGUCAUUGAUCUUCUGACACUUUCAGCAUCGGAUCUUUUAAAAGUCCUUUUUUAGCAAAAGUCUACUUACUGCAGAGCCAUGGGUGGAGUAUUACCUCCAGCUCCCCCUCUCUCAACCUACUGUGGGCAUGAUGGGUGGAGCUUCAUCCCCAACCACACCCUAACCCUACCUAUAACCCUAUCUCUCCACCCAUUAAACAGUUAAGCUCCACCCUUGAGCUCCAGAGAGGUGGAGCUGGAGGUCAUGUGGCUCUGCAGCGAGCACCACUUGUUUUUAGCUGAUAGUUCCAGAUAUUAUGAACUACACAAUAUACUGUAUAUAUUCUUUUUAUGCUCUGCUUUUUAAUAAAAUAAAAACUUUUUUUAA